AAAAUAACGAAAAUAAAAUUUUGCCGCAAGCUAAACGAUUACAGUUCCGAGUUAAAAUAAUUUGCAUAUUGUGCAUUAUUAUUGUUGUUGCUAUUGUCUUUGGCGAAUGCAAUUGUAAGCCGCGCUUACCAAUUUGCAAAGCUGCUUGGUGCAGCGCGUAUUUGGCAAUAAACCGGAUAUUCUAGAUCUUGCAGUUUGAAGUCGGUGUUGCGGUUUUGUUGCGUGAACUUCAAACGGUCGCCGCCAUCGUCAAUAAACAAAACAAAUAAACAAAAACCACAACUCCAAUCCGAGAGUUGUAACUAAAGCGGUACUUUGGCCGGUGGGCUUGUGAGAAAAAAAGAGAGCAUUAAAGCAAAAAGUGACACCAAUAAGCGGACAACAACUAAAGCAGCGACUUCGCUGCGUCGGUUAUAUCAGCGGCAUUAUCUGUAGUAUCUGUAGCAUCCAGCAAUCUACGAGUAGCAUCGCUAUCUGAAUUUUAUUUCUGUUGGAAACUCAACUCGACGGAGAGCCGAACAAAUCGUGCGCCAAAGUAACAUAUUUAUUUUUAACAAUUUCGCAAGCGUUCAAAUUUUGCUCCAGCAAAAAUAAUAUACAUACAUCUAACAAAAUAUAAAAUAUAGAAACAGACAGACGCAUAACAACAACAACAACAACAUAAAGACUAGUAAUAAUUAAACAAAAAUAUUAGCGAUCGUACGGCAGCAGCAACGACGCUGGCUGUUAAAAAUUAGUUUGUAGCUGCAGUGGCAACAACAAUCACUGAAAAAAGUACAACAAUGUCAACGGCAACUUGUGCCCGAUUCUGCUCACCAUUGACGACGGCUGGGAACAACAAAGCUGUCGCCUCAACAUCCUCGUCAGCAUCAUCAAAAUUGACAACAGGAACAGGAAGCGGCAUGACGUCAGCGGCCACACAUAAGAAACAAAUUCCAGCAACAAACACAAAUGACAUCAACACAGAGGCGACGUUCACAUUCAAAUUGGGUGGCAAAGGCGGCCGCUGCAAUACAAACAGCAAUGGGCAUAGUGUGGCCUCAAGCGAAUCGUCAGAUCCCCUAGAAUCAGACUACAGCGAGGAGACCGAGGAGGAGGAGCAACAACAAUCCAAGCAAGCCAAACAUGUCAGUCUCAGCAGCAAUAGCAGCAGCAGCGCCGCAACGUCAAGAGAUUCCGUUGGCCAUGAUGCUGGUGACGUUGAAAAGGACGAGGAUACCAAUAACGAUACAAACAAUGAUGACUCUGUCGAUGACGAGAGCGUCGAAGAGGAUGAUGGCAAUGAGACAGAUGAUGAGGAAGAUGAGGAGGACUCCGAGGAGAGCAGCAGUGUCCAAACGGCAAAGGGUGUCCGCAAAUACCAUUUGGAUGAUUAUCAAAUUAUCAAAACUGUGGGCACCGGCACCUUUGGACGUGUCUGCUUAUGUCGCGAUCGCAUUUCUGAAAAGUAUUGCGCCAUGAAAAUUCUGGCUAUGUCAGCCGUCAUACGCUUGAAACAGAUUGAACAUGUGAAGAAUGAGCGAAAUAUAUUGAGAGAAAUACGUCAUCCGUUUGUUAUCAGUUUGGAAUGGUCCACAAAGGAUGAUUCAAAUCUAUAUAUGAUCUUUGAUUACGUCUGCGGUGGUGAACUGUUCACAUAUCUGCGUAAUGCCGGAAAAUUUACUAGUCAAACCUCCAAUUUCUAUGCGGCUGAAAUCGUAAGCGCUCUAGAAUAUUUGCACUCACUACAAAUUGUGUAUCGGGACCUGAAGCCUGAAAAUUUGCUCAUCAAUCGGGAUGGGCAUCUGAAGAUAACAGACUUUGGUUUUGCCAAAAAACUUCGCGAUCGUACCUGGACAUUGUGCGGCACUCCUGAGUAUAUUGCGCCGGAGAUCAUACAAUCAAAGGGCCAUAAUAGAGCUGUGGACUGGUGGGCGUUGGGGGUGCUCAUCUAUGAAAUGCUUGUGGGGUAUCCUCCAUUCUAUGAUGAGCAACCUUUUGGCAUAUACGAGAAGAUUUUGAGCGGUAAAAUAGAAUGGGAGCGACACAUGGAUCCCAUUGCUAAAGACUUGAUUAAAAAGCUAUUGGUGAAUGAUAGAACCAAGCGAUUGGGCAACAUGAAGAACGGCGCCGAUGACGUGAAAAGGCAUCGCUGGUUUAAGCACCUGAAUUGGAAUGACGUCUACAACAAGAAGCUUAAGCCGCCUAUACUGCCCGAUGUUCAUCACGAUGGAGACACAAAGAAUUUCGAUGACUAUCCCGAACAGGAUUGGGAGCCAGCCAAGGCAGUCGACCAAAGAGAUCUGCAGUUGUUUAAUGAUUUCUAAAUUCGUAUUUAUGUUUCUCUUCUAUUAUAUACCUUUGUUGUUUCACUCGCCCAACAAAAA